ACAUAAGCACACGACUUCAGGACACAGAUAAAACAUUCCUUACAUUUGUCAAGAUGGAAGCUUACUACUGCCCUUUGCUCUCCUUCAGGUCUUUUCACUUAACACUUUUUACAGUUAUACUUAAGUAUUUCAGACAAGAGUAAGCAAAUAUCACCCCUGGGGUUCUUCUUUCGAGGGUAUUUUCGCUGGACUGUCACCCACGUUAGGAAUGGAAAAUGCAGCACGAGUCGUACAUUUUACAUUUUUCAGCAACUACAUCCCAUCACUAGCCUUUGAAGUACAACGACACAGCUGUCUUCAUUUCACAAGUGCGGAAACCGAGGUCCUGCGGGGGUGACUGCCCCGGACGCAGCUGUUGAGGGGCUGCGCCGAGGUCGAGACGCCAGGCUUCAGGUACACGUACCAGGAAUGACGUCACAGGCGGUGCCAGGCGGGGAUCCACCAGCUCUGGAUGCUUGCUUGGCCGGAAGCGACGCCCCGCAAGGCCCCGCCCCGCCCCGCCUCGCCUCGCCCGCGCGAGCCGGUAGUUGCGCCUCCCAGACUGCAGUCUUGGGAGUACGGAGCCCGGCGGGCUAGGCGAGGCGUGGGCUGGCCCCGCCCCUAAGGCCGGCGAGUCCCCUUCCCAGAGACUUGGCUAGGCGCGGCGCGAGGCGGGGCGCUGCGGCGCCAGCAGCCCUGUGGUGGCGACGACGAUGGACCAGGAGCCGGUGGGCCGUGUGGAACGAGGAGAAGCCGUCGCAGCCUCGGGAGCUGCGGCCGCCGCGGCAUUCGGGGAAUCUGCGGGGCAGAUGAGUAACGAAAGAGGCUUUGAAAAUGUAGAACUGGGAGUCAUAGGAAAAAAGAAGAAAGUCCCAAGGAGAGUCAUCCACUUUGUUAGUGGUGAAACAAUGGAAGAAUACAGCACAGAUGAAGAUGAAGUUGAUGGCCUGGAUAAGAAAGAUGUUUUGCCUACUGUUGAUCCGACAAAACUUACCUGGGGCCCCUACUUAUGGUUUUACAUGCUUCGGGCUGCCACAUCAACUCUCUCAGUGUGUGACUUCCUUGGAGAGAAGAUUGCAUCUGUUUUGGGUAUCAGCACCCCAAAGUACCAAUAUGCCAUUGAUGAAUAUUAUCGGAUGAAGAAGGAGGAAGAAGAAGAAGAAGAAGAAAACAGGAUGUCUGAAGAAGCAGAAAGACAAUAUCAACAGAAUAAAUUGCAGACUGAUUCCAUUGUUCAGACAGAUCAACCAGAGACAGUGAUAUCCAGCUCAUUUGUGAAUGUCAAUUUUGAAAUGGAGGGAGACAGUGAAGUAAUUAUGGAAAGCAAGCAAAAUCCAGUCUCUGUCCCACCAUAAAAUGAAAUGACUAUCAAGCUUCAAACUCUUAAGUUUUUUUUUUUAAAUACAAAAACUUUCACAUUCUUUAUUCAGUGGGACUUAAUACAAUUAUUUAUAUUUUAAAUUAUUAAAAUAUCUGGAAAGGGAAAAUGUUUUCUUCAUUUUUAGGAUCUUAUCUAGCAAAAGCCAGAUCUGAAAUUCAGAUAUUUGUACUGUUUUUACUGUGCAUAGAAUUAGUGCUUUGGUUUUAAAAUGAUCUUUUAAAAAAGUUAAGGACAUCCUAGAGCCUUAAUAGUUAAGAAGAGUUAAAUUAUCAAGCCUGUCUGUUUGUGCAUUUGCUUUUUUUAAAAAAGGUAAGUUGCUGAUUAAGUCUAAUUGGAAUUGAUAAUUCCAUAGUCUUAGAUUAAAAUGAGGAUAUUUUCUCCUAGAUUUUCUCAUGUUAUGCCAUGCAUUUAUAUAUCUAACCAUUAAUUUCACACUAAGGAUGCUUCCCCAUAUAAUAAAAGGAGCAAGAUGGAAGCACUUUGAAUUUUCUUUCAUUGAGAAUAACUGUUUUAUGUAAGAAUCUGUAUUUAUAACACCAGAUAUUAAGAUAGGCUUCCAUUUUUUAAUGCAAGCCACUUAAUCUUGUAUUCUUUUUCAGGACUCAAAUAACUAGUUUUGAACAUAAUAUUAAAACACUACUUAUGGAAUAGAUUUAUUAAUGUUAAUACCUAGUGAAUAUCCAUGUGGCAUCCUGGUUAUGUUACCCAUUCAGUGUUAAUCCUAUAGAAAAGUGGUUUGGAGGGGAUUGGGGGAUAGUGGGACAGGUAUAGAUUUAAUCCAUCAGGAGCAAUUAGAUAUUGUAUAAGGUGCAAUGAUAGCCUAAUGAAAUUACCCAUCAUUCAUCAUUUAGAAGUAGCAAUAGUGAAGACCAGACAGUUUACUUGAAUCUGGUUGGCCACUCCCCUACCUACUUGGUUAUUUGUAAACCUUAUAAAUGUAUAUAUUGUGAAGCUAAUUUUGAAAAUAUUCCUAAAUAUGGCCAGGUACGGUGCUCACACCUAUAAUCCCAGCACUUUGGGAGGCCAAGGCAGGCAGAUUACUUGAGGUCAGGAGUUUGAGACCAGCCUGGCCAACGUAGUGAAACCCCGUCUCUACAAAAAUACAAAAAUUAGCUGGGCAUGGUGCUGCACAUCUGUAAUCCCAGCUGCUCGGGAGGCUGAGGGAGGAGAAUCACUUGAACCAGGGAGGUGGAGGUUGCAGUGAGCCGAGAUUGCACCAUUGCAUUCCAGCCUGGGCGACAGAGUGAGACUCCAUCUUGGGGGAAAAGAAAAAUAUACACACACCCCCACACACUUCUAAAUGUGUGUAUAGAACCUUUUAUCAGUAUAACACUGAUUUAUAAUUAAAUGUGGGUGAGGAAGAAUGUGUGGAGUGUUUCAGAAAUUUUGAUCUUAAAAGCCUUUUCAGAAACUCAAAGCUUUCAGAAAUUAAUAGUUAUAUUAAUAGCCUUCUAAACAGCAUUUUCAAUCUUAAUGUAUCUAUAUAAAAUAUAGUGUCAAAGAAAGUAACAUCAAUAUAGUGGGUCUGUAAUGGAAAUCUGUCAAUGAACAUGAACUGAGUUCUUCAACUACAGGUUGAACGAUAAUUAAACUUUUCAUUAGGAGUGUUCUAGCUACAUGGAUUCAUGGAAUGGUGGUUCAUAGUAAGUGAUGGUAAUCUUUUUAUUUAUGGGUGUAAACCCUUUAUAACUUAGUGCUUAAAAUAUUAAUCUUUUGAUUAUAUAAUGUCCCAUGAAUUAUAGUUUAUCACUAGUUCUAAAACAUGCUAACCUGACCUUUUCCUUCUAAUUUGUUUUUAACUUCAUUUGAGAUAGUACCUCUCACUCACAGAAAUUUAUCUGGUUAUCAGGUGAAGGUAGGUGUGUCUAAAAGUGAUCUUCUGAAUCCUGUCUCCCUAGAGGUACUAGUAUCUAGAGUUUACCCAGAAAAUUUUAUGAUUGUAACAAAAGGAAGUAGUGACUUAUGAAGGUUUUGUUUCUUGAAUUUUACUUUUGCUACUUGUCCAAUAGUGGCUAGUUUAUGUUUAUCAAUACAGUUAUUCACUGUGCCUUAAGUUUAUACUUUGUUUAUGCAAACUAUAAAAUUUCCCAUAAAUGUA